CUAAAUCUCUACUACUGAUCAGUAGGUCGAAGCGUAAUAUCGGUUAUUACAAAAACACAAUUUGAUAAUUAACGAAAUAAUGUACAAAUUGCCGUGGAAUCUUUUAUUGCUAAUAAUCGUGGCUAUUUUAGCGCCAAUAAACGGUAAUUUAACUGAAAACGCAAAAGUCCGGAAAAAUCAACUCAGUUUGUCAGAUAUAUUGGAAUACAACACCAUACUUUUCCCACUGACUACCGUAAGCAAAACCGAACUAGUGGGCGAGCAAUGUCACGCACGAUUGCAGGAGCUGCGACGCGGCAUUCUGGAGCGCGCCUUUUGGGCGCUCAAAGUACUUGACGCCUCUGGCAAAGAACCACCCGCUUUCAUGCUUGGCGAUAACUUGUGGCUGGGUAAUGCUGAGCUGUGCGAGGCGGCACGGAACGGCCUUAACUUGGAUAUUUCACGCUAUGUGGCGCACAAAAUGAAUAUGUCCCUGCUAACGGACAAAACGCCGUUUGAUGUAGACUAUCGCGUUAUUUAUGCCACCCACAAUUCCUCAUAUCAAGCAGACGUCUUAUAUGGGCAGGCACGGCAACUCUUACACAUCGGUUUGUGCGUGCCCUCCGAGUGUAACUCCCAACAGUUGAUGCAGUUGGUCAUUGCAUAUUUUGAAAGUGAGAUUUUUCUUAACGGUGAUCUCCAUGUGAUCAAACCGCGUGUGCUCAAAGUGAAGACAAUGGCGCUUAAUGCGGGGGAUUUUUAUAAAAUGAUUGCAUUCAAAUUAGUCGUGGUCUUUGUCACUUACACACUGUUUAUGACUUUGUAUGCUUAUUAUUUGCGCAGAAGACGCUUACCAAGCACAAAUGUUCAAGUGCAGGCAAGCUCGUUUGAGGAUUUUGUACUUUGCUAUGAUCUCCAAUUAAAUUGCUCGAAGAUACUCGCGCCGCCCGAUAGCGCAACCAACACAUUUGCUUUCUUGAAUGGUGGACGCAUUGAGAGUGCUCUUAUUGCCACAUUUUUCCAUACUUUCAUUAUGUUGAAAGCCAUUGUCAGCAAUCCAACACAGCUUUUCACUUACGUGAGUAGAAUGGGAAAUAUGGAGGUGGCUAUGGAUGUGUUUUUACUAAUCAGUGGAUUUCUACAGACCUACAGUUACUUGCGAAAUCGAAGUCAAUUGGAAACUAUAAGACGAUUAAACUUCAGUCGAAGUGUUUUGGAAAUCGCGAAGCUGACAUUUCACCGUUUUCUCAGAUUAGCACCGCUCUACUAUUUUAUGCUAUGUAUUACCUAUUUAAUGAUGAAAUACAACGACAGUACAACCGUGUUUAAUGUAUCGGGUUUUGUAACGGAAAACUGCGAGCAUUACUGGUGGCGCAACGUGCUCUUCAUCCACAAUUUAUACGAUCAUAAAGACAUGUGCUUGGCAUGGACCUGGUUUGUGUCUUUGGAAAUACAAUAUGCGAUCACCUUGACAGUGCUCUUGGUUAUUUAUGCUAAACAUCCAACAUAUGCUAAGAUAUCUCUAUUGCUGCUAAUGAUAUCAUCUUUGGCAUACCAAACAAUCGUGGGCCUGCAGGUUAACUUUCAGAUAUCUUUGGAGACCACAUUUACGUACUUUACCCAGUUCUAUGCGCAUCCACUGGUGCGAAUUUUUCCAUAUCUCUGCGGUGCUCUCACUUGUUGGCUAUAUCUCGAAUAUAAUGCUCAGCUUCAGUCUUUUAAAUUACUAACGAAUUUCUACUGCCACCUCAUUCAUUUAGUAUUUAUAAUUUGUAUGCGACCCGCCCCAUUGGGGCGUGGCUAUUCAGUGUGGGUGGAGACCUUUGUUUUCAUACUACAACGUUGCCUUUAUACUAUGAGCGGCUGUUGGUCCAUUAUUGCUGCGGCGAAUAAUCGGCUCGCUUGGCAUGGACGAUUUCUGAGUGCCAAAAUCUUCCAGAAAGCAAUUCAUGUGUCCUAUGCCUUAUCGUUGCUGAAUUCUAUGGUUAUUAUAUGCCUUUUUACCGCGGGCAGUAAGUUGGUGUUUGUGGAACCGAUUCGAAUGAUGCGCUGAAUUAUCCUGAUUUAAAUUGAUGUGAUCGUCGAGAGUCGAGCAUUUGAUGGGAAAGCGCCGGCGCAACCCCUGCCUCGCUGCCUGUCACUUCGAUGAUGCGUACAUUAAUUCCCAUACAUAUAUGUAUGUAUGUACAUAUAGAUCCUUCCGCCUCGCAUGCAACCGAUGUCGAACGAAAGAUGCGCAGCAACAACUCACCAAUCGAUACAACAGUUACUUCACCUUCCUUCACCUUAAAAACGGUUGCAUCACAAGGUAAUGGGAACGGUGGCGGCUGCUACUGCGCAAUCCACUGACGUUAAUACAAUUUUGUGAAAAUCGCAAGGCACACAUAAGAAAGGGACAUACAUACAUACAUAUAAUAUUUGAUAUAAGAAAAAAAUAAUUAAGACAAAUUUGCAAUCAAUUUUUAUGUGAAAAUGCCACAAAGAAACGGAAAA